UUGCCCAAAGCAAAAUGCCGCUUAAGACAUAAGGUUACAAGCAGCUUUCGGCGGUCUAAACAGUGGUAAAGACAACAGGCGCAACCCAAAAGUAAAACCCUUGGAAAGGAAGGCAGAAUCAGAAAAGAGAAAACAGUAUGCAUUCCGCGGAGUCAGGCAUGGUAGUGAAGAAUCGGUUGGUAGAGUUCCUAAUAUGGCAGUCCAUUCCAAGUAGUUUAAUUUUCUUGGUUUUCACGGCAGUGAUCGUCUCUUGGCGCUCCCCCGCUGCGAUCUUCAUCUCCUUUUUGAGCUUUCAUCUCUCCCAGCUGCUCUUCUCUGUCUCCGUCUCGGCCGUCUCAUCUCCCGAGCGUAAAUUUAGACGCAGUUUGCCGGUUCUGCUGGGAGCCGCGGCCGUGUCGGGUUAUGUUUCGGCAGUGUCCCUUUGUGGGGUGGCUGGGAGAGUGGGGUUUAAGGGCUUUGCUUCCGGGUUGUUCUAUGCCUUCUUUUAUAUAUAUAAGCGGAGAUGGGUAUUGCAUUUUCCCAUUAUUCAGCGUUCCCCUUUCUUUAGCUUCAAGAUGGGGAUCCCUUCCGCUAUCGCACGAGCAUUAAAGCUUUCUGCUGCGGCUUAUCUAUUUUCAGCUCUGCUGUUGGUAUUUCUGCCACACCAUUUUAACACUGAACUCGAGCUGGGAAACUUGUUUGCUCAACAUGUAAUCUCUUAUGCUGUCAGCUUUUCUCUGUUUCUCUGUUGGGAAUUAGCUCACCAUUUACAUCAGGUGCUACAUACAAAAAGGUUCAUAUUUGCACCACCCAAAGGAUCGGCAGCAGCAGAAACAAAUCCAAGUGAGCCUCUCCUAGCUGCAUUAGAGGAGAGUUCUCCAACUUCUCUUCUGAAAUAUCUUGCAUACCUUGAUCUAUGUAUGGUUUGUGAGAAUAAUGUUGACUAUUGGCGUCGAGCUGCCUUCUUUGAGGAAACCGGUGAGACUUACAGAAGAGUUGCAGCUGUAUGCUUGCGGCCUUUGGAGCAGCUUGCAUCAAAAUUGGGCGAAGGUUUGGAAGGUUCUUCAGAUGGUAAAGCCUACCGAGUAUCUGACCAGUUGCAGUCAUCAACUGACCCACGAAAGAAUUCAAAAUGCUAUGAACUAAUGAACAACUUCCAGCUUUACACAUGGUCUGCUCGAACAAUUACAUCCUUGACUGCACACUCACGUAAAGAAGACAGAUUUGGAGUUGCUCAACUCUCUGGUAGCAAUGCUGCUGUUAUCUCGACACUCAUAGCUUGCCUGCUUGCUGUUGAAACAUUCAUGGGAAAAAAAUCAAGUUUGCAACCAUCUCCACAUUUGAUGGGCUCAGCUGGCAUUAAAUGGGCUACAUCAAGUAUUGGAAGAAGAGAUGUUAGAACAGGUAAAAGGAGAGACGGUCCACUUUAUUCAAAAGCAUAUGCCAUGGCUGAUGUUUUAAGGACGUCAAUUUACUGCAUUGUGUCCGCUUUUCACAAUGAGAUGCUGACUAACGCCAAAGCUGGCCUUCUUGAGAAGGAUUGGAUUAGUAGUGGCAAACCUCCUUUUGGAACUCGCGAGUUGCUGUUGCAGAAGUUGCUUCUUUUUCUUGACUUUCAAGCUAGCUAAACUAUGAAAAAACAAGUUGAAAAUGGUGAAGUUGCAGAAGAUGACUGCUGGUUUUCUCCUAUUUGGACCCUGCUGCUUUCCUCGAACAAAUCAGCUGUGCUGCAAAUUAACAGGGUGAGAAUGAGCAUAGGGCUUUCCAUUUUUGUUUAAAAGCAAGCCCGAGUUCUUGCAACAUUAUGUUAAGAUCAAUUAAUAGCGCUAUUUUGUUGCAAAGUUUUGCUAUUCAAUCCCUUGGAUUACAUUCGGUUGUUUGUGAUUUAUGACGUGUCAAAGAUUUCAGAGAAGAAAGAAGAGGAGAUUUGAAUGAAUGAACAGAGACC